AGCCCAGAGCAGCAGCGGGAGGAGGCGCCCACUUGCACCUGCCUGCAUCUCUCAACUCCUCCGCCCCAUGCAACUGACAGCAGCCAAGUGCCAUUAAAACUGGCAGUCAGGAGGAUGCCUCACCUGGGUCCCCUAUGCUGGGAGAGGCAGGGCAAGUCAGAGGAGAAUUCCCAGUGAAGGACUCAGAACUCUGCGAUUUCUCUCUGUCACAGGCUGUGGAGCACCUAAGGAACUGCUCCACCUGAGGUGUGUCCAGGGCACGAGGAUGGAAGAUGAGGAUUGAGAAUCACCGAAAUGGACAGAGGCAGCUGGCGUCUCAUUGGUAUUUUUGGAAGACUGCUAUUUAAUGCCAUUCAAGCCCUGCUAAGCAUCCUUUCUGCAUGACGACCACCACAAAAGGAUUACUUUAGAGAAACUGCUGCCAUUUUGAAGAGUGUGACUUUGAGCCUGAUUCAGAAAAUAGGAUUUUUGUCAAUGAGGAAACUUCAAUAGUAAUCACCAUUCUGGGAUCCAGAAGAGCCCAGUGACUAAGCAUGGCUUCCUGUUGGAGACUCAUUCUGUUCCUGUCUGUCACCAGGUGUCUUUCAGACUACUCUGAAGCUCUUUCUGGCCUUUCUACUUCAUAUGCUGCUUUGUUAAGAAUUAAGAAGAGUUCAAUCUCGUCUGCCUUUGGUUCCAAGUCCAGACCACGGUUCAGCAGUCCUCCACUAGGUACCCUCAGUGUUUCUCCACCAAGCUGGCGAGGGACACCUCAGCAGUACCGCUCCCCAGGCAACCUUUAUCACUCCUCAGAUGCCUUCAGACAAGAUGAAAGUGUGGAUUACGGGCCAGUAUUUGUGCAAGAACCCGAUGAUGUCAUUUUUCCAACUGAUUCUGAUGAAAAGAAGGUAGCCUUAAAUUGUGAAGUUCGUGGCAACCCAUCUCCUACUUACAGAUGGCUUCGGAAUGGAACAGAAAUCGAUCUGGAGAGUGACUAUCGCUACAGUCUGAUAGACGGCACCUUCAUCAUCAGCAAUCCAAGUGAACUCAGGGAUUCUGGCCUGUACCAGUGCUUAGCCACCAACUCUUUUGGAAGUAUUCUUAGUCGAGAAGCCACACUUCAGUUUGCCUAUCUGGGAAAUUUUAGUGGCCGGACAAGAAGUGCAGUCUCAGUGCGGGAAGGCCAGGGGGUUGUUCUGAUGUGUUCUCCACCGCCACAUUCUCCAGAGAUCAUCUAUAGCUGGGUCUUCAAUGAGUUCCCUUCCUUUGUGGCAGAGGACAGCCGGCGGUUCAUAUCCCAAGAGACAGGCAACCUCUAUAUUUCUAAAGUGCAAACAUCAGAUGUUGGCAGCUACAUUUGUCUGGUGAAAAAUGCUGUGACAAAUGCUCGCGUGCUCAGUCCUCCAACCCCACUCACGCUGCGAAAUGAUGGUGUGAUGGGAGAAUAUGAGCCAAAAAUUGAGGUCCAUUUUCCUUUCAUGGUCACAGCUGCUAAGGGAACAACUGUGAAGAUGGAAUGCUUUGCACUUGGCAACCCUGUUCCAACAAUUACUUGGAUGAAGGUUAACGGUUACAUUCCCAGUAAGUCCAGACUGCGGAAAUCCCAGGCAGUGCUGGAGAUUCCAAACCUGCAGCUGGACGAUGCCGGAAUAUAUGAAUGCACAGCUGAAAACUCCCGUGGAAAAAAUUCCUUUCGUGGACAGCUACAAAUAUACACAUACCCACACUGGGUACAGAAACUGAAUGAUACCCAACUGGACAGCGGGAGUCCACUGCAAUGGGAAUGCAAGGCUACUGGAAAGCCCAGACCCACAUACCGCUGGCUGAAGAAUGGAGCACCCCUCCUGCCACAGAGCAGAGUGGACACAGUUAAUGGAAUAUUGGCGAUCCAUAGUGUGAAUCAAUCAGAUGCUGGGAUGUAUCAGUGUUUGGCUGAGAAUAAAUAUGGAGCUAUUUAUGCGAGUGCUGAGCUGAAGAUUCUAGCUUCACCGCCCUCCUUUGAACUGAAUCAAGUGAAGAAAUCAAUAAUUGUUACCAAAGAUCGGGAAGUGCUCAUAGAGUGCAAACCCCAGGGCUCUCCAAAACCAGCCAUCUCCUGGAGGAAGGGAGACAAGGCAGUGCGGGGCAAUAAAAGAAUAGCUAUUCUUCCAGACGGAAGCUUGCGGAUCCUAAAUGCUUCUAAAGCAGAUGAGGGGAAGUACAUUUGCCAAGGGGUGAACAUCUUCGGUUCAGCAGAGAUCAUAGCUUCCCUGUCUGUCAAAGAACCUACAAGGAUAGAGCUUACUCCUAAAAGAACAGAGUUAACUGUUGGAGAGAGCAUUGUCCUCAACUGUAAAGCUAUCCACGACUCCAGUUUGGACGUCACUUUCUACUGGACACUAAAAGGACAACCUAUUGACUUUGAGAAAGAAGGCGGACAUUUUGAAAGCAUCAGGGCUUUUACUUUGCAGCUAAAAGGAAAAAAAAAGAUAUGUAUAAAGCUCUUGCCAACUGAAUUAUUAAUCAUUUCAAUGAUCAUAAGUAACUACAGCACCGACAAGCACAGCACCGAGGAGCACGGCGCCGCCGAGGAGCAUAGCACCGACAAGCACAGCGCCGAAAAGCACAGCGCUGAGGAGCACAGCGCAGAGGAGCAUAGAGCCGAGGAGCAUGGCGCCGAGGAGCACGGUCCCCCAGGGCCACCUGGAGUGGUCAUAGUGGAGGAGAUUACAGAAAGCACAGCCACUCUCUCAUGGAGUCCAGCAACUGACAACCACAGCCCCAUCUCUUCCUACAACCUUCAGGCUCGCAGCCCCUUCUCCCUGGGCUGGCAAACCGUGAAGACAGUCCCAGAAGUCAUCACAGGAGACAUGGAGUCAGCAAUGGCUGUGGACCUAAACCCAUGGGUAGAAUACGAAUUCCGAGUGGUGGCCACCAAUCCAAUUGGAACAGGAGAUCCAAGCAUUCCAUCUCGAAUGAUCCGCACAAACGAGGCAGUUCCAAAGACGGCACCCAGCAACGUGAGUGGAAGAAGUGGAAGAAGGCAUGAGUUGGUCAUUGCCUGGGAGCCAGUAUCAGAAGAGUUUCAGAAUGGGGAAGGCUUCGGCUACAUAGUGGCAUUCAGACCUAAUGGAACACGUGGCUGGAAGGAAAAAAUGGUUACGUCUUCCGAGGCUUCCAAGUUCAUUUACCGAGAUGAAAGUGUCCCUCCUCUCACACCCUUUGAGGUCAAAGUUGGUGUUUAUAAUAAUAAAGGUGACGGACCCUUCAGCCAGAUCGUAGUCAUCUGUUCAGCUGAGGGAGAGCCCACUGCUGCUCCCACUGAUGUCACAGCGACCAGUGUGUCAGUGUCAGAGAUCUUUGUUGUAUGGAGACAUGUUAAGGAGAGUCUCGGAAGACCACAGGGGUUUGAGAUUGGUUACUGGAAAGAUACCGAGCCAGAAGACUCUGUAGAAACAGUCCGAACCAGAGGGAAUGAGUCAUUCGUCAUGUUGACGGGAUUGGAAGGCGACACACUCUAUCACCUCACAGUCAGGGCUUACAAUGGAGCCGGCUAUGGGCCACCCAGCAGGGAAGCGAGCGCCACCACAAAGAGGCACCCCCCCAGCGAGCCACCUGGCAACCUCCGGUGGGAGCAGCAGGGCUCCCAGGUUUCCCUAGGCUGGGAGCCAGUCAGACCCCUAGCCAAUGAGUCUGAAGUCAUGGGUUACAAGGUUUUUUAUAGGCAAGAGGGUCACAGCAAAGGUCAAGUUAUUGAGACACAGAAACCUCAAGCUGUAGUGCCUCUACCUGAGGCUGGAGUCUACAUUAUUGAAGUUCGAGCAUACAGUGAAGGAGGGGAUGGAACAGCCAGCUCCCAAAUCAGGGUACCUUCAUAUUCAGGUGGGAAAAUCACAAGCGCUCAGUCAGCCCUGCACUCUCUCUCCAAGUGGUCCUCAGUAACACUGCUCUUGGCUUUGAUGGUUCCUUCCAGUUCCUGGUGAAAGCUGCUCAUGCAGUGUGGUUUUCUUUGCUUUAGCUUGAGAAAACGGCAGCAGACAGAAUGCAGAAUGAAUGGAGACUGGGUUCCUGAGAAAAGCUUUGAACACACGGGACGGUGGAUGGUGCCCUCUCAGGAGUUUGGGGGGAGAAUAGGAGUUACCCAUCAGGUUUCUCUUGGGAUUUUGUAAAUGAAGAGGACAGUUCUUAGUCCAAUAAAAAUAUGCAGAUUGUAUGUAAUGAAAUUUUGUACACAAAGGUAAUUUCUGUCAGAUGUAUUCUUAAACUUUUUAAUAUGUUGGGAUUUUAUUUUCUAUUUAAUGGCUCUGAGUGUCAUCCAUCCAUUGCUGAGGUGGUCUCUAUAGCUUGCUCAAAAUCAAAUACAAACCCAAGAGAAGAAAUGUCUUCUUAAGACUCUGUGUCUAGUGUUUUCCAAACUUCCCAUUAGAUCACUGCUUCAAUACCAAACCAGCAGGAAAUAUAUUAAAAAAAAAUACUUCAGUUAUUGGUGUCCAUGAUAGGGGAAAUACGUAAAAGAAUUCUCAAAAACUGUUGUAUGACUGAAUAAAAAAAAAAAAAAAAAAAAAGCAAGGUUUGUCAAUAGGCCAUUCUACAUGUGCCCUAUAGUAAGGUAUUAAGGUAGGGAAUUAACAUUAGAGGAAGUUAAUUAGAGGGUGAGUCCAAACGGAGUUAUUGUGUCCCAUGGGGUAACAUGUGGCCUAACUGCAAACUCAGUCCACAUUUAAUGUCAAAAGAUAGUUUAACAUCACAAAAAUUAUGACCACUGAAAACAGCAGCAGCACGAAGCCACAGGUGCUAAUAUAAAAGUGCAAAGAGCAUGGGACAGGAUACCCCAUUUCUCUACCUGCUGUCAUCAAGAAAGACAGACAGACAUAGAAUUGAGUGCAAGACUUCCUUCUACGUGCAAAUGAUUGUAAGAAUAAGGAAAGCUGGUGGAAGAAGUAAUGAAGCCAAUUAUUCAAACAAAAAAUUCCGAAUUUUUAGACAAUGUUAUUAUCAUAUGCCACUUACCAAUGCUUCCCAGCUAUGGUAGGAAAGAUAAUUUCUUAGGUUCAACGAUGUUCUUAAAAUUGAGUAGUGAAAACACAGAAUGGCCACAGCCCUUCAGCUGGCCUAACCAAGGUCUGCAUUGCUGAAUCCCAUAGAACUUUCUCCAUUGACUAAUUUGAGGAGUUAGAUUGAUCCUAAGAGAUAAUUCAUGGAAAAGUUAGGUGAUAUCAUCCUACUUCCUGAGUAUGUGAUAGGACACAGAGCACAAGGCACAUCAGGGUGGAGAUCACACUUAUGAAGAAUCCAGAAAUGAUACUGAAGGCAGCCUCACUUUCCAGAAAGAACCUGAAGAUGCUGGUUACAUGGGCAAUCCUCAUAUAGGAACAAAAGGUAGAUUCUAUUGCUUUGUCUUUACAUGAUCUAAGCCAACUAACUUCAUUUACAUCUUUAAUAACAGACAAAAUGAAAAUACUGAGCUUAGGUAAAUGACAGUUGGGGAAGUCUAUCCUGAAUAGCCUAAAAGGGUUUUCAGGGUACAGUAUAACUAUUUGCAUAACUAUAACUCUCUGAAAUGUUAUUCACAUUUUGUUUAGAGAGAAUUUUGUCCCAAUUAGCUCUUAAGUAAAGGAAAGUCAAUAUAAAAAGAUGAUUUUAGUCAACAGACAGUAAACACUAAGAGAGUGACUGUUCAAGCUUAUGAAUAAUCAAACCACGUGGCCUUUCUCAUAUGCCUCCAGGGGAGUAGGAGAGCCUGAAGUUCACCAAUAAAAGUGAAGUAUGAGCUUCCCAAAGCAUGGUGUCACUGCAAGAACAAAUCAUGCAUCUCGAAAACAAAUGUAGAAUGAUAUUUUUAAAAGAAUGUUUUUCAUAUUUGGUAAAUUGAGACAUUUUCUUCAUUUAUUAUUGAUGCUCUCAUUUUAGACUACUCGAAAAACUUUAAGAAUCAACUUCUUAACUAAAUUCUUCUAAAACAAAACCCAGUAAAAUAAAAAUGUCACAACAUAGCAAAUUCUAAUUAAUCAAUAUUAUCAAAUAAUUGCCUGAAUAUCCACAUAUAGAAUUUCUGAUGUUAUAUUCUCACAGAAGUCAGAGAUGUGGGGUAUUUUUACUCAAUAUGCACAUAAUAAGUAUUUUGCAUCAUGAACCUAUUUAAAAUAAAGCAGGUUUUCACUGUAUGUGUAUUUCUGUAUCCCACAUUUGUUAUUUUAUAGCAAGUAAACAACAUUCCUGUCAAGGAAUAUUAUUUUCCAACAACAGAACUGAGAAAACUUUUUCUCUGGUGGAAUGGUAACCACACAGUCUUAAAUCACUGCAGAGACUGUAUUUUUCUACAAUACAAUGGGCACACUGAACCAUAAGAAAACAGCUCUUCUUAUCAUGAGACACUUCAUGACAACCAAUGUUUUGCAUAUGUAACUGAAGGCACUGUGGACUCUGUGUCAAACUGUUAAGUAUGUUAUAUACAAUCUGUAUAUAUACUAUAUAUAAUGGUAUAUAUCAUGUGGAGGGCACAGUAAGAUAAUAGUUCUGUGUACUGUUCUUGUAACAAUAGACCUUUUUAAUAAAUAACUCUGUUUUUAU